AUGGAACGAGCUCCACCUGUGUCCUCCUCCUCCUCCCUCUUUGAGGAGAUUAUUCUUGCCCCUUCCACAGAAGCAACGUCUGCUUCAUUUCUUCCAGCUCGGGUUUAUCACUCUAUUCUCCCAGGCGCCGGACCCGCCGCAGGCCGUGGGUUUGCCUAUCCUGAAAUUUCCUACCCACUAAAUGCCGGGUAUGCCAACAACCAGGGGUUAAGACAAUAUCAAACCCCACUGCGUCCAAAUGCCGCUUAUGUAGCUGGUCUGGAAUUCGGUGGAUAUCAAAAUCCGCUGCCCCCAGAUGCUGGCUAUAUACAAGCACAUCCCUCCAGGAGCUUCUCCCCCCAAAAUACUGGUAGCCGAGGCUCCCAGGAGUCUAUUCACCACCAAAACCCCCUUCUUCCAGCCCUUGGCCAUCCAGCAAGCCAAAUACCUGUCCCUUAUCAAAACCCACUGCCCCUAAAUGCUGGACCCGAAUCCGGCCAAAGCUUUCCUCAGUCUCAAGGCCAAUUUUAUCGAGGAGUUUACCAUAGUGAACAAGCACCUAGCCAUGGGGUUUAUCGAGGUGCGCCAUAUGACGCUAUCCAGGGAUACGCCCAGUAUCAGGUUCCUCUGACUCCAGAUACUGGACGUUCAGUCGAUCAAGGAUCUGCUCCUUCUCAAAACUUCGUCUCUCCGAAUGCCCGACCUACUAUUAUUCCCCAGAAUGUUAGUCCUACUGCAGACGACAGAUUCUUAAAUCCUCAAAAUUCCAACAUCAGCCAUGACGCUAUCGGCUAUCAAGCUACUAACCAGGUAUACCACGACGCAAAGUUACCCACCGUUCAGGAGAACCCCCCUUCCUCGAGCCCUCCUCGAAAAGAAAAUAAGUCGUCGGCAGUCAAGGAUAUAGCUGGCCAAAUCAAAGGCUUUGACAAAGAAAAGAAGACUAAGUUGCUAAUGGUCCUAGAGAAAGCAAAGACGAAGAAAGAAUUGGAGACUAUGGACUCCAAAAAAGCUGGGUUAGGCGAUAAAGCCGUUGUUGGUCGUCCAGAACAAAGGCCGAAUAUGCAAGAAGCUGAUGUCAUCGCAGAAGCUAAGUCUGCUACCAACCUAGCUCCGGAGAAACAUAAUUGUGGUAAUUCGGCGAGCCAUCCUGCUGGCAAAGAAGGGCUUGUAGUCCCAUCAACGCCACGACCCGACGUCAUUGCUGAGCAUCGACGUGCUUUACCAAUGCCCACAAAACGCCAGCUCCCAGAGCAAAGCAUUCUUUCUCCAGUCCCUCUAAGUCCUCUACGCUCACGCCCACCUGAAAUCUCGUUGUUAGCCCCCUCUCCACUUUCAUUAGAACCAUUGACAAAACUAUAUCACGACAUCCACGCGAGCUCACCAGCAAACUUAUCUCGCACCAUGAAGCUCACUCAAGAACCUCUCGGGGAGCCCUCCACUAUUGAAACCCCGGUCGGGGCUGUCGCUGAAGUCAACCCCGUUGCUGAAGCAAAACAAAGCAACAUUAUCCGCUGGACACCUCCAGGCCCCCGAGGUAAAAAAAGACGGUUGCUACUUGAACGAGGUCCCUCUUUUCUGAAGAGACUUGAUAUUGAUGAGAUCUCUCCGGCAGAACACUCAUAUAAGACCCCUGAGGGAGGGGUUCCCGAGAAAAACUCACCUAUGCCGCAAAAUACAUUCUGGGACUCCGAGUUGUUCUUCCACGGCGUGGCCAGUAAUCCCGCCGCAAAACGGUCCUUUGCGGUGGAUAAUAUCAAAGAGAAAGGAAAGGAUGAAAAGGGGAAAGGGAGGGCUAAAAGUCCGGAAGACCGUACCGGGGAAGAAAAGCUUGAUGAUAGGCAUGAUUGGUACCAGGACGAAAUCGAGGCGGCCAUGAGGAGGGCCGGUCCGUCUCGUGUCCCAUUCAAGCUUCUCCAGGCGGCACAGCUCAGCAUCUGGGGCCAGCAGUCUGGCCAGGCGGGCAAUACCGAAUCCAAUGAGUCAGCUAGCGAGAGCUGGCUCAAGGAUAUGAAGAAGAAGACCGAGGUCUUCGCUGACAGCGAUGACGCGGUCGAAUCCCGCCUUACCGGUAACGCCCCCGCUCUCCCGCCAGCUGUGGGGGGACACUCUAUCGGUCCUGGACCCGCAGAGCCCGAAUACACCUUUGACAAGGUGGACGAGGACCAAUGUGGGUCCAGGAUCUGGCAUGAGCUUACGAGGUACUGGGAGAACCAUCAGGAUCAGCAGGUUGCUGAGUUGAACCCAGACUCAAGGCCAGAGGACCAAUACUUUAAGGUCCCAACUCUUGGGCUAUUGGGUAGCCCACUUACUGUUAACGGUGAAUUUGGAGACGACUACGGCGAACAAGCCCGAAAGAGGGCUCGUCUGGACGAGGACUUGUUCAUGGACCAGUUCAUCAACUGGGAUUGGAAGGAGGAGAGGGAUCGGGGGGAAGAGAAGGGAAAGGGGAAUGGAGAAGAGGGUGGGCAGGGGGGUGGAGAAGAUGAAGGUGGAGAAGAGGAAGGUGGAGAAGGGGAAGGGGAAGGGGAAGGGGAAGGGGAAGGGGAAGGGGAAGGGGAAGGGGAAGGAGAAGGAGAAGAGAAAGAGAAAGGGGAAGGGUAG